UGAACUCUCUCACUCUGUCUCUCUGAGUUUUUGGGUUUUUGAUGGAAUGGAAGCCCUUCAAAUCCGAGCACACCAGCAACCAACGCCAGCCUAUUUCAUGAACCCUUUCUCCUCCAAACUCAAACCAACCUUCUCCUCCUCCUCCAAACUCAAAGCCUUCUUUUGUACCUCUUCUCUAACUCCGCUCAGUUCAGAGCAACCUCCAAUUCUCUUACCAAGAAAAGCAAAAACCGCUCUUUCACGCAACGGUGUUAGGGACAGGGUUGUUAAGAAAACCGCUGCCCAGCUCAAGGAGAACUGGUUGGAAUCCCUCACCUGCCCUUUUCCCCAUGAGUCCGACCCUUUAAAUGGCAAUGGGACCAAUGCGGCUUCGGAUUGGGUUCUGGGCAUAGACCCAGAUCUUAAUGGGGCAUUGGCGCUCUUGAAAAGCGUCGAGUCCGGUUUUUCUGCUCAGGUAUUUGACUCUCCACACUUGCAAGUACCGGUUGGGAAAAGAGUUCGACGACGUUUAGAUGCCAAGUCUAUUGUGCAGUUGCUUCGCAGUCUCGAUGCUCCCAUCGGAACUACCGCAUAUAUAGAACAAUCAAUCCCUUAUCCACAAGAUGGCAAACAGGGGUGGUGGAGUGGAGGAUUUGGGUACGGACUAUGGAUUGGGGUCUUAGUUGCAUCGGGAUUUUCUGUUGUUCCGGUGCCAUCUCUGUUAUGGAAAAACAAAUUUGAGCUCUCUGGAAGGAGCUCUACAAAGGACGAAAGCCGGAGAGUUGCAUCCACAUUAUUUCCAACGUUGAGUCCACUGCUGAAAAGAAAAAAGGAUCACGGAAGGGCUGAGGCUUUACUCAUUGCUGCCUUUGGCAAGGGACUGAAGAAGUUAGAUUCAUCAUGCGUAUCAGAGGAGUUGGUGCCUUAAUAUUCGCAAACUGGCCAGGCAUUUGCGAGGUCUCAAUUCUCUUAAAGCAUUCGGUGGAAUUAGUUAUUGAAUGAGAAGUGGACUGACUAACAUAGCAGCUUGAAAGAUUCAAUUUUUUUAGAGCUUUGGUGUUUCUCUCAGAUUCAUGAGACCUGGUAAAAGACUGGUAUAACCAUUUUUUAUCAAUCAUAUACUGAUUUUGUGGGAUUGGAAUCCCACCAUGUACAUCCCAUUGUAAUUCUGCAUAUCUGAAUCAUUAAAGGAAUAUUAGAUAUUCCAAUGACAAAGUCUUUCCUUUUGGAAGUAAGGGCUAGUCAUUCUCUCUAUUUAAUUGCUCUCUCAAUGUCUUUUAAGUACACUAGAUUAUGAUUUUCAGUUUAGAUAGACAUCUAAAACAAAAUAAUCACAAAGGACAUGAGUUUAUCCAUUCUAAUCUCCAAAAUGAGAUGAGAUUGAAUGUGAAAAUCUGUUUCAACUACUUGAAUUGACAAACAAUUCUUUGAUGAGGUGAAUGAGAUUGCAGUCAAAAACACAAGAAGCCAAAUAGAAUUGCACUGUAGCGGGUUGCAAGAGGCGAGUUUCCUUUGGGACAUGAUAGUGAGGGCGGUGUGCCGAUCAAUGAGGAGAAAUUGCUUUUGUGCAUGGUAAGGAAAAAGGAAAAGGGGCUUGAAUUUGAUGAUUUCUUCACUUCUGCUGAGUUUUCAUUGAACUAUUGAGGAUAUGGAGAUGACGAACUUGUUAUAUAGUUGUUAAAUAGUGAGAACGAUGAAGUUAAUUGAAGGGAUAGGGAACGUGGAGGCACUGCGAGGUUGAUCUGAACAUGGUGGACUGAGUGGGAGACUAUCAUUGGAUCUGAUCAAGGUGUUGCUGCUGUUAAACUUUUCUGGCUAAUCUGGGAAGAGAGAUAAAACCUGCAACCAUCUAGGGUUAAUAAUUUCCAAAGCAGUAGUUAAAAAGAAAUGAUAUAGGAUUGGAAUGCAUGUCUUCCUUGGAAGAGAACUAGAAGGGAGACCUCAAUUUCUGAAAUAAGUUGGACAAGAAGUAGGGAAAAUCAAUUUAUGGAACACUCAAAAUCUGUGAUCUGUUUAUUGGUCUAUUUAUUCUAAAUUUAGCAAUUAUCAUUUGUUUUC